AUGGCGAAACUGCACUUGUCGACCGUGGAGUUGAGACGUCCAGAUUCGAGUCACUCGUGGGGAUUUUACUACGCCGUGUUGCCUGGCGGCCCAGAAGUACUUAAAGUCUUAAGCGAAAGCCCAGCCUACGGGCACAUUCGAAAUGGACAGGUCAUCAAAACGAUCAAUGGACAAUCGAUACUAGGGCUUAAACGAGAAGACAUCACAGAACUCCUGAAUAUUGACGAGGAGGUUGUCGUGCUAGAGGUCACUGAAUCGGAACCAAUCGAUAAGAAGUCAUUGCUAUUCGCUAGGGAAUACGGCCGAGGCUCCGUUGAACCCCGACAAUUGACUCGUCGACGCAACAGCGAGAUGCCAGCCGUGCCAGAGCGUCGUGGCAGCAAUGUGUGUGUCGCCAUGCCCACCAACUUGCCAAACUGUCGAGAGGAAUUCGAACGCAUCCACCUUCAACGCAAGCAGUCCCGAGAACUGACCUUCAACCAGCUGGAGAAUCGUCGCCUUCAACGGGCCGCCUCCAUAGAGCCAAAUUGGGAGACCAGACCUCAGAUGCCGCCGGGUCUACCCCCCAAACCCGCCAAUCCCACACCGGGUUUGGACACAUUGGCAGAGACGCCCAAUCAGGAAGACAAGAUGGCCGGUCUGAGGUACAUGGGUGUGCAGAUUCCAUCUAGGUCCUUCAAGGCGUUGGCUUCUCUCAUGGGGAUGGAUCCAUCAGGAUCUGACGUCGACAGCCAGAACAUCCAGGCCACCUCUACAGAACCCUGUCGAACCGUGAUUGAUGUUCGCGCAGCUGCAGAAGCGAUGAGAAAGGACUCGGUCAGACGCUCGUCUGUCGACAGCAACGCCUCCUCAAACUACUCUCUACCGCCUCACGCACCGCCACCACCACCACCAUCCGCUACGAAUCAUUCAGUGUCGGCCACGUGA